UGUGGAUCGCAGCGCGACCGUCUAUUCCGCCAGGGUCCGCGGCUGGGGCCGCGGCGAGUGCCCGGCAGCGGAUACCUUCUACCAAGUGAGCAGAAACCGCGGCGGAGGAGCGAGGACUAAUGAGGAAGAGGAAGAGGACCAGGAAGAGGAGGAGGACCAUAGAUGGCCACCAACAACUGCAUGUCAGAAUCACAGCGGUCUUCUCCGCCUUCUCUUCCCAUCCUUCCACCCGACCCUGCCGCUUGAGCUGAACGAAGAACAGUGCUCGCGGAAUGCAGCGGAGGCCCCUGGUGACUCCGUGCGGGGCGCACCAGCGUGACGACACCGCGCUGCGCACGAGAGACUUCUUGGGCGACCCGGCGCUUUGGGCGGCACCACCCGUGGAAAAUAAGCUCCUCCUCCUCCUCCUCCUCCUCCUCCUCCUCCUCCUCUUCCACAUGCAGGCCAUCGCUUCCGGAGCUGCGUGGCCUUGCCACGGCAGGCGCCGCAUUGGCAGACGGGCGGAGGCGAAGGCCGGAGCCCUUGCGGCGAGAGAGAGAGAGAGAGAGAAAGACACGAGAGAGAGAGAGAGAGAGAGGAUGAGGAAGAGGAGGAUCAGGAGUGGACGCGGGCGGGUCGCGGCUCGUUCUCAUCGCAAACCCGCGCUGCAGGCGGAGGGGGGGGGGAGGGGGCCCGUGGCGUCUGCGAGAUGCAAGGAGUUGUACAUGAUCCGCACGCAGCGCAUGUAUCAAAAACGGCACUGUAAUGACGGAAGGCACGCGGAGCAGUGCUGGCUGCUUCUGCCGGCGGUGUGCGAAUGGCCACGAGGCCGCUGCGCUGCUCUGCCGAGAACUUCGCACCUCGGCAGGUCGACAGCAGCAUCUACGUCGGAGCACCCUGCCAGAAGCCAGGAGGCCCACAUGAUGCGGGAUGCGCUGGGUCAGAAACGCAGACGUUCCUGGCUUCCAGCUCGGAGCGCACAUGAACAUGUCCCUUGCGUUUGAUGGGGCCUGGACGCAGUAUGCCUCCGUCCAGCUGCAGGAGGCUGGGUUAGAGCUGCCCC